AUGCUCAACUUGGAUCACGAGUACAUCAGCUACCUAGUGCAUCAUGCGGAUUUUGGCGACAAGUUCGCCUACCAGAGGGACAGCCCGAUUGGGCCACGAGUGCUGACCUACGACGCCUUUGCUCACGCCAUGGGGCUCGACACAACCCACAUGACGAUGACGGAGCGGCAGUACACAGUCGAUUUCCAUUACCAGUCAACGUUCUGGGCCCUCUGCUGCCCCGAGCAUGAGCAAGACGUGUUGGAGAGGAGCCGCACCAACGCGGUGAAGCUGAGGACCCCUUGGAGGAUCCUCCACACUUUGCUCACCCGCUCACUUGUCCCCAGCCUCCAGUCAGGCCAUCUGAUGACGAUAGAGGGCUACUUGCCCUCUAUUCCAUGA